UUCUUUCAUUUACAAAAUAUAAGCACACACCAAAAAAAUAAAAAAAUAAAACGUUUCGGUUCUCUCCAAUGGCGUCCUCUGCAAUCACGACUCGUUGCCCCUCUAUUCUUCGUCUACCAACGCCACGCCCAUCUUCAAGCUCAAGCUUUUCACCCCCAAACUCUGUUUCUUUUCGAUUCAAUCUCAGCCGUCCAAAACCCAUUUCAAUUCGAGCAGUUUCUUUUCCAGUUGCACCGACAUCCGAGGGCAUCGCACCUGCAGUUACUCUUACAGAUAAUGCACUGAAGCACUUGAAUAAGAUGAGGUCUGAGCGUAAUGAAGAUUUAUGCUUGAGAAUUGGUGUUAGACAAGGUGGAUGCUCUGGCAUGUCCUACACAAUGGAUUUUGAAAGUAGAGAAAAUGCCCGACCAGAUGAUUCCAUCAUUGAAUAUAAUGGCUUUGUGAUUGUUUGUGAUCCAAAGAGCCUUCUUUUCAUAUUUGGGAUGCAGUUAGACUACAGUGAUGCACUAAUUGGCGGAGGCUUUGCCUUCAAGAACCCAAAUGCUACGCAAACAUGCGGUUGUGGUAAAUCCUUUGCAGCAGAGAUGUGAAAUUAUGUGUAAAACAGCUGUACUAAGAGUAAAUAGAUCAUAUCAAUAACUUUGAAAUUGUGUAUCAACUUUUUGCAAUGGAUUAAUUUGCCAGUAAUGUAUAAUAAAAGCAUUUUCUCCCUCAA